GAUUUUCUCCGUUUUUCAAUCUUGUCUCACAAAAAGAAAAAUAGAACAUCGAAAACAGUCACAGUGGAUACUAACGAAUGACAAUACCAGCAACAAUGCCAGCAACAGAAAGAAUGGUGCGGAGAGGAGGUGUUAGUUUUCAAGACACAGCGGAUGAAACGGACGGGGACGUCAGAAACGACAAUCAAUCGAGCCCGUCCGAAGGAAACAAUGCAACAAACCGCUCUCUCACUGCAUCACUGCCGCGCCGGGAACCGUCGACGUCGGCAACAGCUCUGUCGCACCUACAGAAACGCUGGCCUGGGAAAAUUGGAAACAGCAGGCACCUCGAAGUCCGACCGAUGUCCUUCGACGCCAUCCUGUCCGGUGGCAGCAGAAUCGUCGUUCCGAUGUUCCAGAGGCGCUACUGCUGGACCCAUUCCCAGAUCGAGCGGUGGUGGAAAGACGUGUCCGAACGCCGAUCCGAGGAACACCGAACAGGCAAGACCAUGUUCAAAAAGGUUCAAAACACAGCGGAAAAUGAAACAACGUUGUUGUGCAUCGACGGGCAGCAACGCCUGACCACCACCACCAUAUUCUUGAUGGCACUGAGAGCGGAAGCCCGAAAACACGGCAAGGCAAGCGCGAGUGCGAGCAGCAGUGCACUAGUCCAAGCGAUUGAUGCCGCGCUGUUUGUAGACGCAGAAGCGGUGCAGGGCGUGAAACGAUGGGCAAAGUAUCACGCGUUCCAUCUGGUGCGGAACAACAGCAGUAGUAGCAGCAGCAGCAACAACAACAACCCGGGGGACGGUGCUCACUCUUUCGUAAUGCCGUCGUUUCCGCCGGGCUGGCUUCCGCCUUUCGCACCGAUGCUCACACCCUCGUACAUCGAUCGUUCCGCCUACUUUCAGUUGCUCUGCACAGACUAUGUCCGGGAGGCACUGGAAGAAAGACUCGCCGAGACGGGCCAGACCAUCGAACUAAGCUUCGAUUCCGAUUGCCGGGCAUCGAUCCAGCACACGGCGUUUGCGAUAUUUGCCGAACAGCUUCACCACUUUGCUGCGUCGAUCGCACGACAAACCCCAGUGCUUUCUUCCCUACAGAGAUUGUAUAAAAAGCAGGUGGGAGGGUUUUCCCUCAUGUACAUUGAGCUACUGACGGACGACAACGUCCAGCAAAUUUUCUUGUGGAUGCAGGAAAAGUCUGUUUUUGGCAUGGGAGCACUGUUGCUAAAUGACAGCCCCGGUGUCGAUUUCACCCACGUGGACCUGGCCCGGAAUCUGAUUCUAUCGAGCGGCAUGAAUGAGCCAUUGGAGGCGCAGGUUCGGUUUUACAAUACCUUUUGGAUCGAUACCCUGGAGAAACGAUUUGGUACACUAGGCGUCAGAAGUAUUCUAGAUCGUUUGGUGCGACCGGUACUCAUGGGGAAAGCAACACGGCACAUUGGGGAUAUGGAACAGCAAGUGGAGAAAUACAAGGAAGCUACACCCGCCCACAUGCGGCAUUCGUUUGCGGACAACAAACCCAUGAUGGUCUACGCCCGAUUUCACUCCCAUGUUCAACAAAGGGCAAUAGAAAUGGAAGAUGGAGAUCCGAACGCUAUCACGCUAGAAGUUGCCAAGUCAAUAAUAGAGGAAAUGGUCACUAUCGGGAACAGCAUGGAAAACAUAAAAUCAUAGAAAUAACGCGUUGAUUGUAUA